ACUCAAUUGAGCCGACGAAGUACUCCGUAUCAGCCAAAUGCAACUUUGGAACUUUCCUCUCCGAACACGUGAGAGUGCGAUGCAGACUACGACGCGCUAUCAACUGUCGGCCAAAUUCGCGACACGUCCUUCCAAAGAAAUCCGCCCUGCACAUCGCGUCAUCCUCGCAGCCGUGCGCCAACACCACUUCCUGGCCUGACGUCUUCUAUACUCCUUGGACGAUUCCAUCGUAGACGUGUAGAAAGCCUUUGAGAUCCAGUGCAGUGCGCUUCGGCGCCCAUCUGAGACAAGAUGUCCCGCUCUGAUAAGAUUUACAGUGCCACUUAUAGUAAUGUGCCUGUGUAUGAAUACAAUUGCGAUGGCAAUCAUGUCAUGCGGCGGCGAUCCGACGAUUGGAUCAACGCUACACACAUUCUCAAAGUCGCCGAGUACGACAAGCCAGCCAGGACUCGCAUUCUUGAAAGAGAGGUGCAAAAGGGGGUACAUGAAAAAGUCCAGGGAGGUUAUGGCAAAUACCAGGGAACAUGGAUACCCUUGCCGGAUGGAAAAGAGCUGGCGCAGAAGAACGGGGUUCUGGAGAAGUUGUUGCCCAUAUUCGAUUAUGUUCCGGGAGAAAGAUCACCACCGCCAGCGCCGAAGCAUGCGACAGCGUCAUCGAAACCACGCGCAAGAGGCACCACACAGAACAAGCGGCAACAAGUCUAUGCGCAAGCCCCCGACUACGAUCAGAUGGAUAUGAGCGUACACGGGAUGGCUACUCCUGACCGCGAUGCAUUCUCCGAAUCGGCGUUUGACGAGUACGAUCAAUCACAGUAUACAAAUCCGCGUAAGCGCAGACGAGUAGAAGAGCAACUGUCACAGGCCGACAAGGAGCAUCAGCUAUGGGCGGAUGAACUUCUUGACUACUUCAUGCUCCAGGAUAGUCCCUACGAUUCUUUGCCUGUGGCACCCGUCCCACCAGCAGGCGCCGACUUGGAUCGGCCCAUCGACGACAAGGGCCACACAGCUCUGCACUGGGCUGCAUCGAUGGGCGACAUCGAAGUGGUCAAAGAUUUGAUACGCCGAAGAGCCCGAAUUGAUGUGCAAUCAAAGAAUGGCGAGACACCACUCAUGCGUGCCGUGGUCUUCACCAAUAAUUACGAUCGCCAGAACAUGGAGAAGCUUGCAGGCCUUCUCAUACAAACCGUCAAUAUGCAGGAAUGGUACGGCAGCACGGUCUUUCAUCACAUCGUAAACACGACCGAGCGCAAAAGCAAAUAUCAAUGUGCGCGAUACUAUCUCGAUUGCAUCCUGAACAAAAUGACCGAAGUUCUCUCACCUGAUCAGAUCGAGCGGGUACUCAACGAGACUGAUCAAAACGGUGACACUGCGAUCCUGAUCGCUGCACGUAACGGCGCGAGAAAAUGCAUCAGAAGUCUGAUCUGCAGGAAUGCUGACUCAAGCAUUAUGAACAUUGCCGGGGAAAACGCAGAGCAAUACAUUAUCGAGCUGAACAAUCGUCGCAAGGAGAGAGAGCAUCACAACCGCCAUAUGUCGUCCUCUCCAUUUCAGGGGAACAGUAAUCUUCCGAUCGGCGGCGCAGUCCAACCUCACAUCAACGGUAACGCCGUCGUCACGAACCCGCUUUCAGCACUUCAAACUGACAGUGGCUCCGUCGGAUACAAAUCCGAGGUUGCGCUGGCGAUGAAGACUUCUGUCAUCCCCGCUGUCAUGGAGAAAUUUCAGAGCUUGACAAAUAAUAUCGAAACGGAAAUGGCUGAGAAAGAGGCCGAGUUAGCAGAAGCCGAAAGGGUUGUGGCAGCCAGGCGAGCAGAGAUUGAGCAGCUGAAAGCUCAGAUUGAUGAGCUUCGUACCAAAGACCAGGCUCAGACCAACGGUGCUCUCGACAGUGAUGCACGGCUGAUAGCUGAGCUGGACCAACUCAUGCAUGAGUGCACCUCACUUACUAUGGAGGAGCAGAAUCGGACGCUGAAUGGCCUUUUUGAGAAGGAGAAGGCAGCUCUGCCUCAUUCACCUCCCGCAGACGUAGACAUAGAUGGAGCCGACGACGAUGAGAAUGAGACGAUCAAGCAGAAGCUGGACCUGGCUCGCGAGCUUUUUACUGUUAUGCAGCAACGGCACGGUCUGGUUGAAACCAUUGUGCAAAAUCUCUCGGUCGCAGGUUUGGGUAACAAACAGGCCGAGUACAGACGUCUGAUCACGGGCGCUUUGCGAAUACGUGAAGACGAGGUCGAAGAAGCACUUCCUGGAAUCGUGGCCGAGCUAGAAUCAUCGUGCGAUAUGGAGCAUGUGGGCGCAUAGCGUGCAUCCAUAUACCACUCACUCGGCACUGGCUCAAGGUCCACUCUUCCAUGGUUAGGAACCAAAUGAAGAUCGACCGUUCAGGCUUCUCUUCGCGGAUCGCAUUCGGUGGGAAUCGUUUCCACGCGGCAGCGAGUUAGGCACCAUGUCCGUUUGUGACGAAAUAUGCCUGAUGAUUCACAGAGACAGACAUCAUUGCCUGCAACAGAUGUAGCAUUGUCAUAAGAUCAUAAUAUCAACUUCAGUCUCGGCUUGAUUGAUGUCCAUCAACAUUGUGCUAAGUAUAGCAAGAAUGAGUAGGCUUGUCGGACG